AUGAGCAAAGCCCGAGGGGAAGAAGACGAAGACACCGAGUGCUUCUACGAGUCUCUCGAUCGCAUUGUCUCCUCCUCUUGCUCCUGCUCCACUUCCAACUCCGGCUCCGACACCGAGUCCGACCCGAACCCGAAUUAUGCAGUACCCAAAUUCCCAAUGGGCGCCUCCAUCAAAUACGACGUUUGGAUCUCCGAGCCUUCCUCCGUCUCCGAACGCCGUUCUAAACUUCUCAGCGAAAUGGGUCUCACCGGCGACCCGGUUCUUACCCGGGCCAAGCCCCAUCUUGGUAACGCCGGCGACUUCGGGCGGUCGGUGUCGUCGGACUAUUUGAUCAGUCAACUGAGUUCUGGUGGUGGAGGCGUUAAUGGCAUCGUCCGUUCGAAAUCCGACGGCGGCGACCAGUGUAAUAACGCUUGUUCUACUUCAUCUAUUUCUUCUCCUCCAAUUCUUUCGAUUCGUUGUGCUUCGGGUGAGGCUGAGACCGAGCCUGAACCCGAAACCGGUUAUUUUGUAAAUAGAAAUUCAAAAAAUUGCGUUUUGAAGUCUUCAAGCGGUAAAAGCAACUCAUCUCCACCGAAUAAGCCGCCUUCCGGGAAAAAUUCCAGAAGGGCAGACGAGAUUCGAAGCGAUUCCAAGGUUGAUGAGGACUUGGAUUGUAAUGGGAUUGUUAAGGUUACUGAUGGCAAUGCCAAUGCCCAAGUUUGUACUAUUAGGAACCUUGACAAUGGGAAAGAGUUUGUUGUGAAUGAGAUUAGGGAAGAUGGUAUGUGGAACAAGCUGAAGGAAGUAGGGACUGGGAAGCAGUUGACCAUGGAGGAGUUUGAGAUGAGUGUUGGUCAUUCACCAAUUGUUCAAGAACUCAUGAGGAGGCAGAAUGUGGAGGAGGGUCAUAAGGAUGGUUUGGAGUCCAAUGCCAACGGGGGCAAUGGUGGAGUUUCAAAGUUGAAGAAGAGAGGGGGUUGGUUUAAGAGCAUCAAGAGUGUUGCAAGUACCAUGACUGGUCAUAGGGAUAGACGGAGUAGUGACGAGAGGGACACAUCGUCGGAAAAAGGUGGUCGGAGGUCGAGCUCCGCCACGGACGACAGCCAGGAUGUGUCCUUUCAUGGGCCGGAGAGGGUGAGGGUGAGGCAGUACGGGAAAUCAUGUAAAGAGCUCACUGCAAUGUACAAGAGUCAGGAGAUUCAAGCGCAUAAUGGGUCUAUUUGGAGUAUUAAGUUUAGUUUGGAUGGGAAGUAUUUGGCCAGUGCUGGUGAGGAUUGUGUGAUCCAUGUUUGGAAAGUAAUGGAGAGUGAGAGGAAGGGUGACCUGUUGAUGGAGAAAUCAGAAGAUAGCAAUUUCAACUUGUUAUUUUCCAAUGGGUCACCAGAACCAUCUUCAGUCUCGCCGAAUGUGGACAACCAUGUUGAAAAGAAGAGGAGAGGGAGGUCGUCAAUCAGUCGAAAAUCGUUGAGUGUGGACCAUUAUGUGAUUCCAGAGACUGUGUUUGCACUUUCAGAAAAACCCAUUUCUUCAUUCCAAGGGCAUCUUGAUGAUGUGCUCGACCUCUCUUGGUCCAAGUCUCAGCACCUGCUCUCAUCUUCAAUGGACAAAACUGUGCGCCUGUGGCAUUUAUCUACCAAGACUUGUUUGAAGAUAUUUUCACAUAGUGACUAUGUAACUUGCAUCCAGUUUAACCCUGUUGAUGAUAGAUACUUCAUUAGUGGAUCACUUGAUGCUAAGGUUCGCAUAUGGAGCAUCCCUGAUCGCCAAGUGGUUGAUUGGAAUGAUCUGCAUGAGAUGGUCACAGCUGCUUGCUACACUCCUGAUGGUCAGGGUGCCCUAGUUGGUUCAUACAAAGGGAGCUGUCGUUUAUACAACACAUCCGAGAAUAAGUUGCAACAGAAGAGCCAAAUUAAUUUGCAGAACAAGAAAAAGAAAUCUCAUCAGAAGAAAAUCACGGGUUUUCAGUUUGCACCCGGAAGUUCAUCAGAAGUACUCAUCACAUCUGCGGAUUCACGAAUCAGGGUUGUUGAUAGUAUUGAUCUGGUUCACAAGUUCAAGGGAUUUCGUAACGCAAAUAGUCAAAUCUCAGCCACCCUCACAGCAAAUGGUAAAUAUGUGGUAUCUGCUAGUGAGGAUUCUCAUGUAUAUAUAUGGAAACAUGAAGCUGAUUCCCGACCUAGCAGAAGCAAAAGCGUUACCGUCACACGCUCCUAUGAGCAUUUCCAUUGCCAAGAUGUAUCAGUGGCCAUCCCUUGGCCUGGAGUGGGCGAUUCAUGGGGAUUACAAGAUGCAGAACAAAAUGGGCUUGACAACAAUCUUGAUGAGGUCUCCACAGCCAACCAUCCCCCUACGCCUGUCGAGGUGGCUAAUGGCAAUGAGGGUUCACGUUCGGCAUCUGGUUGCACCAAUAGCCCUCUUCAUGGAACCAUUUCGAGUGCAUCCAACACUUACUUCUUUGAUAGAAUUUCGGCAACAUGGCCCGAGGAGAAACUACUUCUAGCUACUAGGAACCGAAGCCCGCGUGUUAGUUUUGAUUUUACGAAUGGUUUUAGCCCAAACAUGACAGCCUGGGGUAUGGUGAUUGUAACUGCUGGCCUUCGAGGUGAAAUUAGAACUUUCCAAAAUUUUGGAUUGCCGAUUCGGAUUUAA